AUGGCAUGGCGUAGUGGCGAGAUGGUUGCGCCGCGGGUGGCGCCGCUGGCCGCGCUAUUCGCCGCGCUGUUGGUGACGGCCACCUCGCGCGCCUCCACGCAAGACCCGGCGCAGUUUGAGGCCGCCUUCCAAGGGCGCUGCGGUGAGGGUAGUCCAUGCGAACAGCUCUGUCGGGAACUGCACGACGGCACAUACGAGUGCGGCUGCGGGCCCGGCUAUGUGCUGCACGUCGACGGAUACGGCUGCUCAGAGCUAAAUGCGACGCGAGCAACCGAUGUCUCCGACGCAGAAGAGGACGUACUGUACCAAAAAGACGUGUCCUUCUCAGCAGAACUAGAAAUAGCACCGUCCAAUAGAAUUAGUAAACCUACUAUAAGCUUAAAACAUAUCGACGACGAUAAAACUCAAAGACUUACAACAACACUGCCAAUAGUUUAUAACACAAGAAGCACACCAAAUUAUACUUACACAGGGGAGAAAUCCAAACAGGUGGAUGGAUUGAAGAGUUUAAUAGAAGACGGUGUCAGUAAAAUUGAUCUGAAUAUCAUAGCUGAUGAUACGAGGGAGAAUCUAUUAGAAGCCAACGAUGCUAAGGUGACGACGCAAGGACCCAGUUUAGAACAGAAAGUACCAGGAGCGACAGCAUCGCCCCCAUGGACGGCAGCAGUGGAAGCUUGCGACUGUGAGAGCUGCAGUAACGAAAGGUGUUCGUGUGCCGGCAACCCCAACAUGUGCAAACUAGAUGGCCGUGUUUCCACGCCCCGUUUCUCCGGCGCAUCCUGGCUGGCUCUGCGAGCGUUACGCGGUGCGUACAAACGCGUUCGCGUUCGGAUACGCGUCCGACCGGAGCGUGCUCGCGGCGUUCUACUGCUUACUGGAGAACAUGAUGACCUUUCUGGAGACUACCUCGCACUUAUGCUAAGGAAUGGACAUGUGGAACUCAGAUUCGAUUGCGGCAGUGGUGCCGGCAUCCUAAGGUCACCAGAACCCGUCAGACUGGGACAUUGGAACACCAUAUCAGUGUACAGACAUCGAUGGGACGCGUGGCUUCGACUUAACAACGGAAAAAGAGUGCGAGGACGAUCCAAGGGCCUGUUUUCUCGGAUGACCUUCAGAGAACCAGUGUGGGUGGGAGGUGCAGGCAACACUACAGGUCUACAGAGCAAGCUGGGCCUGUCUGACGGCCUGCUAGGCUGCGUUGACUUCCUCAGGAUAAAUGGAGACACCUAUCAGCUCAUGAAAGAUGCCGUCGCCACCCUUGAUAUCGCGGAAUGUGCUCCAACACUAGCACCUUGGAAACCUCCAAUAGAAGUAACAAGCGAAUCAACACAACAGAGAGAAGAUCAUGCCAUAUACGACAUCAACGACAUUGUACACUUCGAAGACAACGACAUCGUCAUGAGAGACGCCAAACGAGCUAAAGCACACGACCAAAACAAACUAGAUAAUUCCGUCGUGCCAUUCAAAACUUACUCUAGUUACAACGAUGUUAAGACACUUUUUGGUAAAGAUAAUAAGAGUGCUGGAGCUGUAGCUGAUGUGGAUAAUGAUCUGAAGAAUGAGGAUAGGAAGGAGAAGUCGUGCGAGUGCCAGCACGGCGGUGGGUGUGUUGCUAAUGUAUGCCUGUGUCCACUCGGGUAUGCGGGCGUCAAGUGCGAGAUCACUUUGGAUUUGAAGGUGCCCCGCUUUAAUGGCUCCUCAUAUCUUCGGCUGCCGGGCUUGGGAAGCGCUGCUGAGUCCUGGCUUGAUAUACAGAUAACAUUGAAGCCGAGCAGUGGCGACGGACUGGUGCUCUACAACUCGGAGCGCGCUGACGGUGACGGAGACUUCUUCUCGCUGCACUUAAGGGACUACUACGUCGAGUUCGCUUUCGACCUAGGAGCUGGAAUCGCCCUCGUCAGGUCAGCGUACCCAGUGGAAGCGAACAAAUGGCACUCGGUGUCAGUAUCACGGGCAGGUCGUCGCGCGACGCUGCGCGUGCGCGGGGGUGGGGCGGCGCGGUCGGUGACGUCACGCGGCACGCGGCGCCGCCUCGCGCUGCGCACGCCGCUGCUGCUGGGCGGCGCGCCCCAUCCGCUGCCCGACAGGCUCGCACUCGACACCUCCUUCAGUGGAUGCGUCUCACAGCUGAUAAUCAAUGACGAAGAGCUAGCAGUAGUGUCAGCGGCGCUGGGCGGACUCAACGUGGACAACUGCGACGAUGCUGGUAACAACUGCACGAACAAAAACCUAUGCAAAGAAGUACCAGACCCACCAGUGUACCCACACAACAUAUCGGAGACGGAACCACACCACUCCAUAGUAGCGAAGAAAGGUUUUAAACAGAAGAUCCAUAAAGGCAGUCACAAGAAGCACUCACACAACAUGGACAAGUACAAGAAGAAGAAAUACUUCAUCAGUAAAAAGCACCAGUACCUGCUAGAAGACUUGGAGAGGAACAAUGAAGUUGCAACAGACCUGCCUUAUGAUGGGCAGACUUACAUGCAAGUGAAGUACUUGAGUGACAACGAAGUCAACUGGGGCGACAUGAACACGUACCCCAGCUUCACAGGCACUGAUAGCUUCAUACACAUCGAUGAUGAGGAUACUAUGAAACGGUUGGUGAGCUAUUCGCUGGACAUAAACAUCCGUUUUCGAUCAGUGUCAUCACAUGGCCUGUUGGUGUGGAGUGGCGGGGCACGGUCUCCGCCUGACUUCUUGUCCUUAGCCAUUGAGAACUCUGUACUUGUAUUCAGGUACGACCUCGGUAGCGGGGAGGUGGUGAUCAUUGCGAACCACACGAAGGUGGACGACGGGCUGUGGCACAGAGCGAGAGCCACCAGAAACAGACAAGCGGGCGUACUAGAAGUGGACGGGCUGGGUUCAGUCGGCAAGGUCUCGCCCGGGAAACUCAAACAGCUCAACACUGAGAACGGACUGUAUAUAGGCGGCCUGCCGUCCAUCUCGCUGAGUACGGGCGGUCGGUACGCGCGCGGGCUGGUGGGGUGCGUGUCGCAGAUCUCGCUGAGCGGGGACUUCGACAUCCCGCUGUCGCUGUCCAAGCUGCCGCAUACCAUCACCAACAACGUCGGCCGCUGCGCGCCCUAG